UUUAACACGUAAGAAAAUAUCAGAGUAUAUAUAAGGUAUAAUCAGACAGCCACAACGGAAAAAUAACCCAUUUACUAGACAGACAGACAAUAGGCCAUCCAUCCAUUCACUCACCCAUUCAUGCAUACACACACCUACCAAGCCUUCCUAUAUCCGAAGAUGAAGCCCCAAUCUCACAACAAAACCACCCUCCCAUCCUCACCAGCCGCACCAACCCCCGCAGCCUCAAAAAUCAGCAAAGACUACUUCUCGCACAUCCCCGAGCAGAGAACAUCAUCACCAACAACAUCACAUAAUCACCAGACCGACCACUUCGUCGAACGACCCUACCUAAAAACCACAACAACCACAACAAGCACCAGCAGCAGCCACUCCUCAACCUGGCUCCAACGGACCAUCUCGCAAAGCUGGCUCUCCGACCGCCCCCUCUCGGACGAAAGCCGUAGCGCGCUCAAAGAAUACGAGGAGCUGUUCCGUCCGGCGCUCGAGAACAGGCGGGAUCGACAUCGGGAUCGGGAUGGGGCCUGCGAUCGAGACCGGCAUCUUUGGGGGCAAACGCCUUGAUCACUACCUAGGUACCUAUAUCAUUGCGAUUGAUUCUAUUUGUGGGUGACAGACACGGCCUAUUAAUAUUUGCUGGAUUGGACUUGUUGCAUUUGCUGUGCAGAUGGUGGUUUUAUUUUAGGAUUUGACUGGUAUGUUGGAUGACGUCAUUGUGGUAUCUCACUAAAGAGUGGUUAAAAAGUACGGGGUUCAUCUAAACUACCUAUAUUUAAUGCAUACUCGAUUGAUAAUAGUA